AUGGCUACCGCGGGAGCCGCAGCGCCGUCGGCGUCACUGUACGUGGGCGAUCUGGACAAGGAGGUGACGGAGGCGCAGCUGUACGAGCUCUUCAGCCAGGUCGGCCCUGUCGCGUCCAUCCGCGUCUGCCGCGAUGCCGUCACGCGCCGCUCGCUCGGCUACGCCUACGUCAACUACAACAGCGCUGUCGACGAGCAUGCAGCGGAGCGCGCAAUGGAGGCGCUGAACUACCGCGAGGUGAACGGGCGGCCCAUCCGCAUCAUGUGGUCCCACCGCGACCCCAGCCACCGCCGCAGCGGCGUCGGGAACAUCUUCAUCAAGAACCUGGACGAGUCGAUUGACCACAAGGCGCUGCACGACACGUUCAGCGCGUUCGGCCCCAUCUGGUCGUGCAAGAUCGCCGUCACGCCCGAGGGCAAGAGCAAGGGGUACGGCUUCGUGCACUUCGAGACGGAGGAGGCGGCCAACCUGGCGAUUGAGAAGGUCAACGGCAUGCUCGUCGAGGGCAAGAAAGUCUUCGUGGGCAAGUUCCUGAAACGCGGAGAGAGGGACACGGAGGGGCAGCAGGCGCGCUUCACCAACGUGUUUGUCCGAAACCUGCCUGCGGACGUCACAGAGGAGCAGCUCGCUGCCCGCUUUUCUGAAAUCGGCCCCAUCACCAAUGCAGUUGUGAUGCGCGAUGACGCGGGGGUUUCCAAGGGCUUUGGGUUUGUCAACUUCCAGGACCCGGCCAGCGCGCAGGAGGCUGUGGAAAAGCUCAACAACGCUCAAUUCGGCUCGAAGGCGAUUCUGGUGGCACGAGCACAGAAGAAGUCAGAGAGAGAGCAGAUGCUGCGGAGCCAGUACGAGGAGAAGAAGAUGGAGCGCCUGCAGCGCUUCCAGACCACCAAUCUGUAUGUGAAGAACCUCGAGGAGGCAGUGGACGACGAGAGGCUCAAGGCCGAGUUUGCCGGGUUUGGGACGAUCACAUCGGCUAAGGUGAUGCGCGACGACAAGGGCACCAGCCGGGGCUUUGGGUUCGUGUGCUUCUCCAACACUGAUGAGGCCAGCCGCGCCAUCAUGGAGGCCAAUGGUCGUCUGGUGAACGGGCGUCCCCUCUACGUGGCGCUAGCGCAGCGCAAGGAGGUGCGCCAGGCGCAGCUGCAGCAGCAGUUCGCGCUCAGGGGCGCGCUCCCCCCGGGCGUCCUCCCCCCAGGCGCAGCCCUCCCCCCAGGCGCAGUUCUCCCCCCCAACGCUGCUGCUGCUGCUGCCGCCGCCGCUGCUGCCGCUGCUGCUGGGGGACCUAUCCCUGGGGUGGCAGGGGGGCCGGGGGGGAUUCCGCCUGGUGCGCCCAUGUUUCCCCCUGAUGAUGGGGAGGGGCGCGUGGAGGGGGCCCAUGCCGAGAGGAGGGUUCCAACCCAUGCCCAACUACAAUGCGUCCAUUGGUCCACGCCAGCGCCAGGGGCGGGGGCGACCACAGCAGGGGCAGCAGCCACAGCAGGUGAGGGGAACGGGGAGAUGGGGGAAUGA